GAAUGCUGCUACCUGCUGCCUCUGUCAAUCCCUGCGCAGACUCUGCUGUUCGGGCCUUUUGCUUUACCUCAGCGGGCGAUCUCUCCAAUGCGCGAUCUGGCGCAAUCGCCUCCAGGAACACAGCACAGAUAUCAACACCACACACGACCAGCCCUCCCUUCCCUCGCGCAUCCCAUCGUCGCAAGCACUGCGCCUGCAAACACACAACAGAGACGAGAGUGUCUGCUUCUACGGCCCGAACACUCGCGCAGUUUUCAUCGCCGUCGCGCCAUUUUUCGCCCUCUAUUUGUCCCAUCGAUUCGCGGCUAAACGGAAUUCACGGAACGACGUUGCAUAUAAGAGGCUCUAAAGUCCUGCUAGUAGUCCCUCAACUCUACAAUCAUGUACAAGCAACAAGCGCACGCACCAGACCGGCAUCAUCAGCGCGAACAGGAAGAUGCAAGCGCCACGGCCACCAUUCACCCAAUCUUGGCGCGCAUCCAACCUAGUCGUCCUUCAAGCGAUCCCAUCACCUUGUUUUCGAAUCAGGAGUCAGAAGCAACACAUCCAAAGCCUGCUGGUCGCCAACCCAUCUUACCGCGCGUGGGUCCCUCUGGCUUGUUUGCAGGACAAUCUGCCAAUGCCGUGGAGUCAUCGUUACUGUCGAGUGAAUGUGAUGGUCAAACCACCAGUACCCGUACAAGUCUUGGUUCGGCGCUCGAGGAAGUACUGGAUAGCGUCGACCAAGCAACUGAAGAUCUCGCGCGAGUACGGUGUCAACAACGCGUCACAGAAUGGCUUGGUCAGCAACCUUCCACUACGCAGCACACUGAUAAGAAACGAAGACGCUCCGAUGAAGGUGAGGACCGUAGACGCUUACGUCGCUUGUCUGCGCGUGUUUUGCGCGACUUGUUGCAUCUCGAUGCAGAUUGCUAUAGCUUACUCGUCAAAGCGACGAGUUGGCGUGGUAGGCAGCAGUUGAGUGUUGCCCAGCAAGCGCAUGCGCGUGUCAUGGAGCAACAACUGAUGGGUACGUGGACAUCUUUAACGCAGCGUGACACGGCCAUGUUGCAGAGCAGAUUACAGCAGCAACGGAGUGGACCCUCGUCCUUUCCCGGUGAACAACCACUCAGUACGCGUGUUCCGCUUUGGGGAAUCCCUGAAGAGCAAAGCUCACAAGAAGAAGGUGGACCUGGUACAUUACAGGUCUUGCUGCGUUACCUGCGAAGCUACUUUGAAGAGCACGCUACCACUGCUUCAACUGCACCGUCCACUGCCGUCCCUGAGUCUGCAGGGAGCAGCAGUAGCUUGACGGGGGAUAACGCCGAGUCUCAGCAAGUCAAUCGUGCUUCUAUGCAUGCGAGUACGGUCGAACACAGCAAUAUGCUGCAUCGCACGCCACGCCCUUCCUUGUCUCGACACGCAUUGAUGGCAGCACGGGAUGGAAGUGUUCGUGGGAGUGUACAGUCCAGCUGUUCAUCUUCCUUCAAGACGGUCUCCCUACAGACGGGCAGCUGUUCACGAGCGAGUCAUCGGCGACCGUUUGAGCAAGGCAGUCACUUCUGGGAGGUAACGAGUUAUCGCUCGAGCAUCCAGAGUGGUGGGCCUUCCCACGCUGGUGGUCAUUGGGUUGUGUAGUGCAUGUUACGUAGCUAUGAUCUCUUCUCAUCUCUAUUCACACUACCAAAUACUACUACUAUUGCUAAG